CCUCUUCUCUUUAUGGUCUCUGCAGAAAUCGAGAUCUGUACAAUAAGCCGCGGCUUCUCAUGAUGACUUGGGGCCACGCUAACCUUUCGUGCCUUUCCCCAAGUGCUUGACAACCCCAAAGCAUCACGUCAAUUACCGAGGGUUUUUGAACCACCAACAUCUCCGCUCCCGAAGGGCCUUUAUCGGCGCACAUCACUCAGAAAGGUUUCCCCAGGUACAGCAUAGUAGGGUUUUCAGGGUCUCCCUUUAUCUCGGUACACGGAAACCGUACCCCGCUCUCGCAUAGGCGUACCGUACAAGGUUCACUUGCCUGGAGCUCCUGCUGGCAGAUGAUAGCCGAACUCCAACGCAAAUCCCAACCAUGUCUGACUAUAAGAACCUCCCGGACUUCGACAGCCUCCCUACCAUCGACGGCGUGCCUCAUCGUGCAUGGGGCGUCUUCGACAAGGACGGCAAAAAGGACCACCUUGGUUGUGUCAACCUACUAACACCAGACGUCAUCAAGGAAGCAUACAAAGAAGCUCGCGAAGGCGUCAGCAUCUCACUGAACUGGCCUAUCGGCGCCCUGGCAAAGCCUGGCUUCGCUCGCAAAGGCCUCGUCCACAAUCCCAUUGAAUUCAAGAGCGCAGAUUUGCCGGGCAUACAUUGCUUCGACGACGAAGUCGAGUUCAAUACCCAAUGCUCCUCCCAAUGGGACGGUCUCGUGCACUACGCCCAUCAACCGUCCGGGCUGAAUUACAAUGGCAUUAAACCUUCUGUCGAAGACUUGGUCCAGCAUCAUGGCAGUUUUGACGCCGAUCGAGCCCUGCCCACUCUGAACCACUGGCACGACCGUGGAGGGUUCGUUGGUCGCGGUGUCCUGCUCGAUUACAAGGAGUACGCCAAGUCCAAAGGUAUCAAGUACGAUUGCUUUGACUCCCACGCCAUCACAGUCCAAGACCUUGAAGACGUCGCCAAACACCAAGGAACCACCUUCAAGCACGGCGAUAUCCUGAUCGUCCGAUCUGGCUUCACCGACGAAUUGACCGAUGCCUCUGCCGAGGAUCAAGCGAAGAAGCUGGGCACGCACAGGACCGUCGGGGUCGAAGGCAACAAGGCGACCGCCCGCUGGGUGUGGAACCACCACUUCUCUGGCGUCGCAGGUGACGCUAUCGGCUUUGAGGUCAUACCGCCCAGAAUCGAGGAGGAGAACAACCGCGAAGGAAACAUUGGCGAGUUAGUUCUGCAUCAAUAUUUCUUGUCCGGCUUCGGCCUCAACAUCGGCGAGUUAUGGGACUUAAAGGCCCUGGGCGAAUACUGCAAAAAGGCCGGUCGUUACGAGUUUUUGCUUACGAGCUGUCCACUGAAUGUGCCCGGGUCCGUCGGAAGCCCGCCAAAUGCUCUGGCUUUGUUUUAAAUCAUGCUGUAGCACGGCGCCGAGGAGGGCGAGCUGGCUCAUAGUGGUGCAUCUUUGGGGUGAUCCUUCGAGCACAGAGUGGCGAUGCAAAGUGUGUACCUUAUACAGGGCCAGCAUGUAGUGUGAACGAGAACAGUCAAAGACCAAUGCGAGAAGAAAUUCGCAGACUAUAUUGCGGCUCCGUGAUAUGAAUCGU